AUGGCAUCAUCUCUGGCUUCGCUGGAAAAAGACCUCACCUGUGAACUGUGCCAGGAUAUUUAUAAAGACCCGCUGAUUCUGCUCUGCAGCCACAGUUUCUGCAGGAACUGUCUGAAGCAGCACUGGAGGGAGCGAGGCGUCAAAGAAUGUCCCGUCUGCAGGAAGAGGUCCUCCAUGGAGAACCCACCAGUCAACAAAGCCCUGAAGAGCACCUGCGAGUCCUUCAUCCAGGAGAGAAACCGUAAUGUACUGGCCAGAUCUCAGGGCGAGCUCUGCUCCGAGCACAGCGAGAAAGUCACCGUCUGGUGUCUGGAUGAUCAUAAACUGCUGUGUUCAGUCUGUGUGACCCAACAACACCAAGAACACAAGUUCUGCUCCGUCUCCAGAGCCGCCUACGAGUACAAGGAUCAGCUCAAAACCCCCUUGAAGUUUCUGAGGGCUAAAAGUUCGUCCUUUUCUUCAGCAAGAAUGUUCUAUCACACCAUGGCUUCACAACUCCAGUCUCAGACCCAGCAGACAGAACAGCAGAUCAGGGCGGAGUUUGAGAAACUCCACCUGUUCCUCAGGGAGGAGGAGAAGAACAGGAUCACCGCACUGAAGGAGGAAGAGGAGGGGAAGAUGAAGAUGAUGAAGGAAAAGAUUACAGAGUUUGAUCAAAUAUUGGCUGAGACUGUCGGCAGGAUAAGUAGAAUUGAGGAUUAUAUACGGAGCGAGGAGCACUUCUUGCUGAAGAAUCUUAAGGAUGCUGAGCAAAGUGCUCAGUGUCCAGCAGUUGAUCCACAGCAUGAUUCAGCAGUUCUGAUUGACGUGGCCAAACAUCUAGGAAACCUGAGAUACAGAGUUUGGAAGAAAAUGAAGGACAUCUGUCUGUACUUUCCCGUGAUUCUGGACCCUAACACCGCUAAAAGCUCUGCGGCACUGUGCGAGGAUCUGAGCGGUGUUUCAUUGGGAAGCCCCGUGAAAAACCUUCCGAACAAUCCUGAGAGGUUUAACGUUUACAACAUGGUCCUGGGCUCUGAGGGCUUCACCGCAGGAUCUCACAGCUGGGAGGUGGACGUGGACCAAAGCGAGGACUGGAUAAUCGGCGUGGUGAAGGAGUCGAUCAGGAGAAAGGAGAAGUGUACGGUAGGACCGGUAGAUGGUUUCUGGACCGUGAGUCUCAGAGACGGAUCGUACUCCUGGUCCGUAUACGCCAGGAAGUGUCGGAGAAUCCGAGUGGAAGUGAACUGUGAUACAGGAACAGUAAUCUUCACUAAUACUGAGAACAACCAAGUGCUGCAGAUCUACAAACACAGAUUUACAGAGAAAAUAUAUCCUGUUUUCUGUACGAUUAGCGGAUUUCCAAUAAGGAUUUCACCGUACGAGAUCUCUGUAAAGGAGGAAAACUACAAAGCUGUGUUCCAGUUCCUGUCUGUGUCCCCGUACCCAUUUCCAGUAAUGUCUCAGUUCCCGUUUGUGUCUGUCCCUGUCAAUGUUUUUGUCCCUGUUCCCCUUUUCAGUCCUGUCCAGUCUACUCUCCCGUUCGUGUCUCCUGUUCACUCCCUGUUCCCAUCCCCUGUCCAGUCCAAUGUCCAGUCUCCAUUUGUCUAG